AUGGACAGUGGGGAUCAGAGGAGUCUGACGGGGCAGGAUGAAGAUGCUUUGUGCACAUCAGCCUCAGAGGGUCUGGAGGAGGGAGAGGUGGAGGGAGAGACCCUCUUGAUUGUGGAAUCGGAGGACCAGGCGUCCGUGGAUCUGUCCCACGACCAGAGCGGUGAUUCUCUGAACAGCGAUGUGGGAGAGGACGGAGAUGGCAGCUGGAACGAGGACAUGUCCUUCUACUGCGACAAGUGCCACAAGUGGAUCGCUUCUGCUCAGCUUCGAGGAGAGCAGCCCAGCUACCUGAAAGGAGACAACUUCUUCAAGUUCAUCUGCUCCGACUGCUCCGACGACGGCAAGGAGAGCUUCGAGAGGAUGCGGCUCACCUGGCAGCAGGUGGUGAUGCUGGCCAUGUAUAAUCUCUCUCUAGAGGGAACAGGAAGGCAGGGCUACUUCCGGUGGAAGGAGGACAUCUGUGCUUUCAUCAACCGCCACUGGACCUUCUUACUGGGGACAAGAAAGAAGACCUCCACUUGGUGGAGCACAGUGGCAGGGUGUCUGUCUGUGGGCAGCCCAACGUUUUUCCGUUCGGGUGCGCAGGAGUUCGGAGAGCCCGGCUGGUGGAAGCUGGUUCAAAACCGCCCUCCAACCCUUCGGCCGGAUGGAGAGAAGACCCCCACUUCUGCCCUUAAAGCAAAAGCCGCGUCUAAGCCAUGUCUGGACCCCACCAUCACGGUGGAGGGCCUGCGGAAGCGAGGGGGGCGUAACCCGGUGGAGAGCGCCAUGCAGCUGAAGGAGAAGCGCUCUCGGACGCAGGAGGCUAAAGACAUCCGCCGUGCUCAGAAAGAGGCCGCCGGCUUCCUGGAGCACAGCGCCUCCUCCACCCCCGUCAAACUGGGGAACCGCGGGCGGAGACCGGACCUGCUGCUGGAGAAGGGGGAGGUCAUAGACUUCUCCUCCAUGAGUUCAUCAGACAGGACCCCCCUCACGUCUCCGUCCCCAUCCCCCUCGCCCGACUUCUCCGCCCCCGGCACGCCCGCCUCUCACUCGGCCACGCCCAGCCUGCUGUCUGAAGCCGACCUGAUUCCUGACGUCAUGCCCCCUCAGGCGCUGUUCCACGAUGAUGAAGAGCUGGACACUGAGGGCGUGAUCGACCCCGGCAUCGAGUGUAUCCCUCCUGCCACUCUGCCCUUGGCUGCAGGGACGCUGUUUGUGCGGAAGAAGCAGCAGCGGCCUGUUGAGCUCAUCAAGCAGGAGCCAGAGAGUGAGGAUGAGGAGCGAGCUCGAGAUGCAGAGGGAGAGGAGGGCCAGGACGAAGGCCUGAGGACCCGAGUUCCUGCCGGCAGUGAGCGGAGGAAGGAAAAAGCUCUGGAGAAGGUGGAGGUGGGACCCCGCUAUGCUCUGCUGGGUCUGUAUGAGGAGCGCAUGCUGCUGCGCAGGCUGGAGUCCUGCCCGCAGGCGCUGGCCGUGACGCCGCAGGCUAAGCGGCUGCGCUGUAAGCUCCUGGUGCGUCAGGCUAAGCGUGAGAGAGGACUCCCCCUGCUGGACGCAGACCAGGCCGUCAGCGCUGCGCUCAGUCUGGUGGGGGGCGUCUACAGCGCUCAGGCGGGCGUGGUCACCCGCGAGAUCAGCAAGUACAGAACCACCAGCCAGGACCUGCGGAUACUCGACCGCUUUCAGGUUGCAGCUUCCAACAGAAAGGGCUUCUACCAGUCCAGCGUCUCCUUCUGGCACAGACUUAUGGGCUCUGAUGUUUCCAUAGACCAAGGAAUCAAAAGCCCUUACACAUCCAGAAUCCUAAAACCUUAUAUCAGGAGAGAUUAUGAGACGAAGCCUCUGAAGAUGAAUCUGCUGGCUGAGAUUCGGGCGUAUCCUCACAGGAGCGACUCCUCCUGGGUCCCGGAGCCCGACGCUCCCAUAGAUUACUGCUACGUUCGGCCCAACCACAUCCCCUCCGUCAACUCCAUGUGCCACGACAUGUUCUGGCCUGGCGUGGACUUGUCCGAGUGCCUGCAGUACCCCGACUUCAGUGUGGUGGUGCUUUAUAAGAAAGUGAUCAUUGGCUUCGGCUUCAUGGUGCCUGAUGUGAAAUACAACGAGGCGUACAUCUCAUUUCUCCUGGUGCAUCCGGAGUGGAGGAGAGCCGGCAUCGCCACAUUCAUGAUCUACCAUCUCAUUCAGACCUGUAUGGGGAAGGAUGUGACUCUGCAUGUGUCGGCCAGUAAUCCAGCCAUGCUGCUCUAUCAGAAGUUCGGCUUUAAAACGGAGGAGUACAUCCUGGACUUCUACGAUAAAUAUUACCCAGUGGACAGUAAAGAGUGCCGCCAUGCCUUCUUCCUGCGACUGCGGCGCUGAGCUGACGCCUGUUUCUAUUGGAUAAUCGACUAUCGGAUUGAUUUUUCACAGAAAAAGUCCUGUUAAGUCAUAGAAACCUUCAGCAGUGCUGAAUUCUGGACAGCAAUGUGGAUUUUUUUGGUUUUGUAUUUAAAUCACACUCAGACUUUAAAAUGAAAAAGUGGGCUGGAUUUAAGAGUUUUGCUGAUUCUUAAACUUGGCUGCUUCAAAUCACCAGUUUCCAGUGUUUAUAGGCUCAGUUUUGUUUCUGUAAGUGGUGUGUGUGUGUGUGUGUGUGUGUGUGUGUGUGUGUGUGUGUUUGAGUGAGUGAGUCGGUUGCCACAUGUGCUCUUUUCAUCUAAAUCAGAUUUUUUUAUUAUUUGUGUGUUUUUGCCUGUAGUUAAUUUUGUAGUCUGACAAAUUAGUAGCCCACCAUCAUCUUGUGUCUGUCAACUUGUGUUUUUCCAAAAAACAGCAUUUGUAAUACUUUUAUUUCUUAUGAUUUCUUUCUGUGUAUGUUGAAAUUAAAUACACUGAUUUCAUUCAGCAUCAA